UCAUCACUUUCCUAAUAUAUCUCAUAUCUCUGCCACAGCUUUGAGACAAUUAAGCCUGCUCUCCAUUCACACUGUGUUUGUGUGAGUGAGCGUGUGUACUACGGUACGUGUUAGGUGUAUGUUUGCGCGUGUUUCGGUGCAGUUUUGACUUCACGACCUCGAUGACGGGCACCAUGAUGCGGAGUAUGGACCCGAGCGAGACGGAGAUUGACCUGAGCGAUGCGGGAGAUGGAGAGGAUGAUGGGGAGCAACAGCCAUGGAAGACCCAGCUGGAAACCGUCCUGGAGGAGGAGGAAGAAGAUGAUUUAAUCUCAACACAGAGUGACACCAGGCCUCUGAUCAACGAGAGGGACCCAAAACAAAUAAAUGAGUGUCUAAAGGUGACUUUUCAAGAUGUGAUAGCAGAACCGGCGUCGGUCCGCAGUGGGGAUCGGGUGUGGAUCUGGAGUCACGCUCUUUUCGAAGUGUCCAGGGUCUGGUGCUAUCGCAUCAUCACAGCUCUGCUGGCUGUUCCCGUGUCCCUCAUCGCUGGAGUUCUUUUUGCCAUCCUCGGCUUCAUUCACAUCUGGUUCCUUACGCCGUGUGUGCAGGUGGUCUUGAUAAACACGGGGUGGUUGCAGACGUUAUGGAGCAGCGUUUUAGACAUUUUCAUCUUACCCUUCUGCCAAAGUGUAGCCAAGUGCUGCGGUGGAAUUAGCGUUCGCCUCACACGGGAAUGACAGAUGUUUGCUGGAAGAAUCAGUUCAAAUGGCAAUUAACGUACUGGAAACAUAUUGUAUUUCAGGAGGGAUGACGGUUUGAUUCUUGGUCCAUGUUCUUGGGGACCACACCCAAAUACACAAAGCGUGUCAGAGACUUGGAGGAAAGGUAUAUUCUUGACAAAACAUUUGCUUAAGUAUCUUUAACAGAGGUGUAAAGAGUAUCUGAAAACCAUACUUAAGUAAAAGUACAGAUACCUUGCAGUGAAAAUUACUCCAUUACAAGUUACAAGUCACCAAUUCCAAAACGACUUAAGUAAAAGUCUUUGAGUAUCUGAUUUUAACAGUACUUGAGUAUUUUACUCAUAAUGAAUGUAGGCUCAAAGCAGCACUAGUCCUCAACACUUAAGAGACACAGCAGUGAAAAACUAGAAACAGUUGAUUUGUGAAGUGAGCAAUCGCAUUUAUUUUCUUAAAUCAUAAUAAGACUGAACACCUCAAAAUUGCCACAAAUCAUGGUCGACACCAUAACCUACGUCAUUACAAACACCCUAAGUCUCAUUUAAGCUCAAGUGCUCAUAAGUAAACCAAAGUCCUUCAAAAAGGUCUCUUCAAUAUAACAGAUAAAUAAAAUAAUGUUAAGUAGAAUUAAAAAGUCAAAGCCUUUUUGCACUGGACAUGCUGGUUUGGGCCUCAUGGCCAGCUGCAGUCAUGUCCUCAUUUCACAUACACUGUUAGCCCUUACCUGCCAUUUCUACAGUAAUACAUUGGCAACACUGUUGCCAGCUAGUUACUGUAGGUGUUUUACAGUAAACUACUGCAAUGGCUGUUUGAAGAUACAUUAUUAAAGAAUCUAUUAACGCACUUAAGUCACACAGUCUUAGAUGAACAAGUGUAAAUAACAGAUGAACACAAUAAAUCUGUCAAGAUUUCACCAGAGGAGAAUUAAACACAAACAUCAAUAACAUCUUCACAUAUUACAGACACCACUUUCACUUUAUUUCUGUCAUCUGUGUAAGAUCUUAUUGAGAUUUAACUCUAGUUCAUAGUGGUUCAAUUAUGUUUUAAGUCACCAUUAUGGCGAUCAGUGUUUGCUUUGGUUGGACUCUUUGACUUUCUUGUAGCUUUAAAAUGUACACUUAUACAAUAACACUGAAAGGGACUUUACAGGAACCGCAACUUUAUGUUUGCUUAGUAACUGAAGAUACAUCUGAA